UAUUUUUUUUUUAAAUUAAAUGGCAUUUUCUAAUUUCUUCUUAGUUUCCAUUAGCGUUGUUGCAUUUCUAGGCAUUGCUUCAGCAGAGUAUAAAACCGGUCGUAGCUUGAAGCCGUACGGACCCGGUAAUGGUGGUUACAAAGCUGGGCGCAGCUUAGAGCCUUACCAACCGGAAGAUAACACUCCAAGUUACAACCCUGAAGAAAAUAGUAAUAAUGUUGCUAUCAAAAUUCAAGGCAGCAUCUAUUGCAAAAGAUACACAGAUUUGAUUCCCAUGCAAGGGGCAACAGGAAGGGUUACAUGCAUGGUGAAGGACAAGUAUGGGAAUGAAAAGGCACCAUUCUCAGUUGAAACACAACUUACAGAUAAAAAGGGUUACUUUCUAAUCAACUUGGCAGAGUAUACAUCUCCAGGUUACAGUUUCAGUAACUGCAGGGUGUUCCUUGAUGAACCUACCGUUGGCGGCGACUGCAACGUCCCAACUGAUACCAACGAUGGCCUCUCUGGUGCUCAUCCUUCUAAACCGAGGCGCCUUUCGGACAAGUCUAUGCUCUACUCUGUUGGACCUUUUGCCUUCAAAACUUCUUCAUACUAAUUAUUAAAAUAACUCUUUUUUUUCUUUAAUCAAAUAUAUUUGGUUCAUCAAUCGCCAUAGUUGGGAUGAUUCAUGAUUUUUGGUUCAUCAAAAUGUCAUUCAAUUUGAAUGUUAAGACUUGGGAAAAGGGGGAUCGAGUAAAUUUUUUUUUUUUUUUUUUUUACCAGUUAAGAGUAUAAUCCACAUGUGAGUAUUGAUGAGUUGUCCUACAAAAAAGAGAUAGAGAGAGAUUGACUAACAUAUACUCCAUAAGACUGUUGAGCUACUUCACAUAUCAUUAAUUGAUUUUAGGAUGUAAUCCCACCAUGUUUAUAUAUGGUCAAUCUCUUUGAUCUCUUGUAUGGGCUUGUGUAUGUCCCAACGUAUUUAGAUAUUUGUGGAGCAAGUAGCCUAAUAGAAGUGAAUACCCCAAAUAAGGCUUAACCUCAAGUUAAGAGGGUCCAAUAAGGACGUACGUUAUAUGAUUUGUCCAGACUGCAAGUUUGACGGUGACUCACAUAUGAGGCAGAGUGUUAAGAGCAUAAUCCACAUGAUGAAAUGAGUGUAUGAUUGCACUAUAAUAUUCUUGACGACUUAUGUAUUGUAUAAUCGUAGAAGUUCUCAUCAAUACAUAUAUACUACGUACAUUUUCUAUAAAUAUAUUUUCGUAUAUAA